AUGAAGAGGGCGAACUUUAUAAAAUAUAAAGGGCUAAAAACCAAUUGUUAUAUGAAAGGAGAAAAUAUGAUUAAAGUUGUCAAAUUUGUUUAUACUAUGAUUGUCUUUCUUUUCCUAGUUCUUGCUGCAACAAAUGUUGAAGGGUGGAACCCAUGUGAACAGGAUUCAGAUUGUCCCAAAGAUAUGUGUCGAAGACCUAAAAAAGCUCUAUGUGUGAACAACUCCGUAUGUAUCUGUAUUAUGCCGGCGUUUCAUGUGUCUAUGUGA